CACAGCGCCGCAGCGCGUCAGAAAGAGCCGACAAACGCUGCUGUUCUCUUUAUUCCAAGUGAGUCACUGGCAGCAGCGGAGCCGCGAUGCUCUAGAACAUGUAGGAGUCGACUGUUUCUUUUUUAUUUUCUUUUUUUGUACUUUUACCGGAUAGCCCGCAAACUGUGAAAUCUCUCGUCACGCCGUCGUCGGAGUCCCCAUUCAUCUCUGGUCGCUUGUAGCGUUGAACCGAGCGGCCAACUUUGGUGAAAACUACACAACUCAUUCGUCAGUCGUCGAUACUCAAAGGACUCUGUGACAUAUUUGGCCUGAAAACACUUUCACCAUGAGUGAACAGAGUAUCUGCCAGGCGCGAGCCGCUGUCAUGGUAUAUGACGAUGCCAACAAGAAGUGGGUCCCAGCCGGUGGCUCCACGGGCUUCAGCAGAGUCCACAUUUACCACCACACAGGCAACAACGCCUUCCGUGUAGUGGGACGCAAGAUCCAGGAUCAUCAGGUGGUGAUAAACUGUGCCAUUCCCAAGGGGCUGAAGUACAACCAGGCCACACAGACCUUCCACCAGUGGCGUGAUGCCCGGCAGGUCUACGGCCUCAACUUUGGCAGCAAGGAGGACGCCAACGUAUUUGCCAGUGCCAUGAUGCACGCACUGGAGGUGCUCAACUCGCAGGACACAGGCCCCACAUUGCCCAGACAGGGCCCCCAGGUUCAGAAUGGCCCCACACCAGAGGAGAUGGACCUGCAGAGGAGGCAGCUUCAGGAGGCACAGAGACAGAAGGAGAUGGAGAGAGAGCAUCAGGAGAAGGAGCGCCAAGAGCGGGAGCGCCAAGAAAGGGAACGUCAGGAGAGGGAGCGUCAAGAACGAGAGCGCCUGGAGCGAGAGAUGCUGGAGCGUCAGGAGCGCGAACGUCAGGAACGGGAGCGUCAGGAGAGGGAGGCUCAGGCAGAGAGAGAGCGACUGGAGCGGGAGCGCCAGGAGCAGCAGGAGCGUGCCGAGCGUGAACUGAUGGAGAGGGAGAAGGUGGAGAGAGAGCGGCUGGAGAAGGAGCAGCAGGAGCAGUUGGACAGAGAGCAGCAGGACUGGGAGAGAGGGAGACGCAUCUCCAACGCUGCUUUCGAAAGCACGCUGUGCACCCCCACACCUCAGGAGUACGGCAGGACCCCCUCCACACCCGUAUCUCUGUCCACACCCGCUUACCCAGCUCCUGGGACCCAGUCGCCAUCCUCCACUACCACACCCCCAACCCCCCCACUCAGGCACUCGGCCUCCCGGUUUGCCACCUCGCUCGGUUCUGCCUUCCACCCCGUCCUGCCUCACUACGCUACAGUUCCGAGGCGACAGCAGGCCUUUCCUCAAGCCCCGCCACCUGCGCCUGCUCCCGCCCCGACUCCUCCUCCUCCACCCAAGUCUGUGGUGUGGUCAGCGUGCAAUUUUACUCCAUUGCCCCCCUCUCCCCCGGUCAUGAUAAGCAGCCCUCCGGGGAAGGCCACAGGUCCACGGCCACUUAUCCCAAUUGCUGCGCCAUCCCCUCUCUCACAAAAGCCGCCCUCCCCAUCCCCCAACGGCCCACCCAUGUUCCCCGCACCUUCUCCCGUGACCAUCCCAAACAGCCACACCCCCCUUGGCAUUACCUGCCCAACACCACCUCCCCCACCUACUCCUCCCCCUCUCCCCUCCCCCAUAGCUCCUCCAUCUUCCUCCUUCGUCUCGUCUCCCCCCUCCUCAUCCCAGGCUCCUGGUGUGCCCUCUCCCUCCACAGCGCCCCCUGCCGCUGCAGCUGCUGCCGCCACCUUUGCCUCUGCUGAACACCUCUCCCUCCCUGUGGGCCUGGGUUUGUCGGGGCCAGGAGAGCUGGACACAGCCGCAGGCCCAGAGCCCCACUCGGCUCAGGGGGAUUCCUCCUGUCAGCCCCAGCCCCAGGACGUGGGACAGACUUCGGGGUUGACCACUCCCACCCCACCCCCACCUCCACCCCUGCCACCCGGCUCCACUGUGAACUCUGCGGCCGCCACCCCGGCCGUCACCCCCACCACCCCAGCCGGCCACCCUCCACCUCCGCCACCUCCUCCGCUCCCUCCAACACUGACUCCAGGCGGGACGCCCCCUCCUCCACCAGGUCCCCCUCCCGGAGCCCCACCACCACCCCCAGCACCUCCUCUUCCCACCGGACUGUUCUCUCCUGCAGAGGACCGCCCCCUCUCAGGCCUGGCUGCUGCCCUCGCUGGAGCCAAGCUGCGCAAAGUGCCAAGGAGUGACGAUGCAGGGGCGGCUCUGGCAGCAGCCAUGACGGGGGCCACGGGGGCCAAAUCAGAGGCCAGAGGAAACGGGCCUCUUCCUGGAGGAGGAGGGCUUAUGGAGGAGAUGAGUGCCCUUUUGGCCAGGAGGAGAAGAAUUGCAGAGAAGGGCUCGUCACCUGAGCCUGACCAGAGAUCAGAGGUGGGUGAGAUAAACACGACCCCUAAAGUGUCAGCUUGUAGCACACCAGACAUGCCCAGGAAGCCAUGGGAAAGAACAAACACCAUGAAUGGUAGCAAAUCUCCAGUUAUUGGAAGGCCUAAAUCCACUCCUACACCUACUGCAUCCUUAAGUGCCAACGGUGUGCCAACAGAAGCUGUUGACUAUGACAGAUUGAAACAGGACAUUCUUGAUGAGAUGAGGAAGGAACUGUCAAAACUAAAAGAAGAGCUCAUUGAUGCAAUCCGGGAGGAGCUGGGUAGAUCCAGCACAGCAUAGAGGAACCAGACUCCCUGUUAGCAACAUCCACGAGAACCGACAGACAACCACGGUCCAUUUAAGACAUGACAAUAUAACAACGGAAAACAACAAAAAUGGUGGAGAUGGCGAUUACAACAACAAUCAUAUUACCACACAGAGAGGACAUUAUUUGGUGCAGAGCGGUGUCAGACAGAACAACAGCGGACAGGUGGUGGUGGGAGAUUUGUAGUCUUUGAUAGCUGUGACUCACAGAAUCCACUCUGCAAAGCCUCGUGUUCCCACUGCCCCCUCCCACAGCCCCCUCUCUCCUCUCGCCCUCCUGCUGAGGGCAUCCUGGAGGACAGAGGAGCCGAAUGUCUUUAUGCAAAGAUGGCUCCUCACUCUCUGUCCUACAAUAAGAAGAAAAUAAAUCCAAUAGUGAACUCUUCAGUGAUACUGUAUUAACCACAAGUUGCUAAGAAUCAGAACUCUUGUGAUUCGCUAUCAAAAGUUUUGUCGAGAGUGCGGAGAGAGGAAGGAUGGAAACUUAAAAACUUUUUUUCCCAUAAUGCCAUAGGGGUAGCGUGUGUGUAUGAGGGACCGACAGUCUCUGGUGGAGUCCACCACUGCAGGACACUGUAAAGCUCGUCUUCCUCAAAUACUAUUUUAACCUGAACAUAUACAAAAGAGAGAAAAAGUUAGACAAAAAAAAAAAAAAAGAGUAUCUCUCCACCAUGUCUGUUUCUGUGUGGAUCUACGGCCAUAUGAGUAGCUCAAUAAUCCAAUCUUUAAACAGGAUGCUCUCUGGCCUGUCUCUUCAUCUGUGAAAUCAUCAUCAUCAGAGGCAUUGUUUCCCUCCCGAAGCAAGCAUUCUGUCAUUUCUCUGUUGAGCAGCAGGUAGAGGAGACACUGACGCUCUAUACCAAACUUUACCUGUUGAGCAGAAGUGCUGAUUCACAAUCCAUGCACCCCGGCCAGACGUGUAGAUAGAUGUUCCUUUGAUUUUAAAGAGUCUCUCUCUCUCUCAUCCUUCCCUCUCAGUCUGUCGUUUUUAUCUGCUCCGUUCGGUGCAUUUGUUUUCUCAGUACAGCGAGGGUCACAGGUCUGCCACGAAUUUGCAUUACCCGUCACAAGUUUUAAUACAAGCAAUAAGUGUAGCAUCUCUUUUUACAGCCCCGCUCCUGAACUCCACCAAACAUUUCAGUGUCUGUCUGUCCUUUUUUGGCCCUUCUGAGGCCCUGUUGGAUGUUACUGUGUCACCGCGCCACCUUUCUGUAAAACUGAAGGCUGAUGUGAUUGAAUAGCAGCGCAACACUGUAAGACAUAAUUUCAUGGAAUUCAUUUCUAAAUAACACAUUUUUUUUCUAUAAAUCCUAGGAUACUGUAUCUGUAGCCACAUUGGAGAUGAACUGUUUUUUUUUUUUUUUUUCUUUAUCCGUUGUUUUCAUUUUAAAGCGUUUAUACAGUUAAACUUUUUUCAAAAGGUGCACCGGACAACCCAAAUAUCUGAGAGAUGGUGUCCAUACAAGGACAUGAAUGUGCCAUUUAUUCUUUCACCAGUGCUUACUGUUUUUUUUUUCUUUGCCUUUUUCUCCUGCUGUUGUCCUUAACAUGACAAACUGUAUUUACCCCAUGCUUUGACAUAGAUAAGUGAACUAUCACUUUCAGCAUGUCUCUAACUUUAGUGCUUAAAAUACAAUCAAUGUGAGAGAGAUACGUUACAGGUGGGGGUAACGGAUAAAAGUCUGUACUCUUGUUGGCUGAAUGAGAUCCUGAAGAGGGGCCAUUUUCCAAAUGCAAUCAAGUAUCAUAAGUGGCUAACAGCCACAGGGGGCUCUGCAGGAGUUUUAAAGUGAGCAUCUAUAAUGUAUAUUUUGUGGAAUCUCAGUUUUUGCAAGCAUGAAACAGAGAUCUUAAAAAGCAGUAGCAUACCAUCUCCACAGGUCACUCUCUGGCAGCACUGUCACAAGUUUCUCUUUGAAUGGGGUGACAAUGCAUUGCUCAGAGUUGUGAUCCUUUGCUGAUUGUACUGUUGAGAGAGUUGAGAACACUUUAUAGCAUCUGCCAGCCAGAUUGUUCACAUGCUCCAGCGCUGCCGGUAGCAAAUAAAAUCGUGUCUUGAAAAUAUGCCAAAAGACUGAGGUCAUUGCAACAUGCUGUUUGGCAUCAAAUUGAAGAAGCUGGUCAUUUCUGUGGAAGUUACUGACAGGCAGCUAGCUCGGAUACCGCUAACUGCUAAUCAGCGGUUCAUUAGCCUCCCUAAGGCAGCCUUCUCAGGUGCUGGUUGCUUUAGUCCCUGACCUUUGGGAGGGGGGGUAUCUUUGCAGAUGCAACCGUCAAAUCAAAAACCACCAGUUACUCACAGGGCAGGCUAACAGCGUGCUGAUCCGCACUUGGCAUUAGCUAAAUUAGCUGUUUGUGUCCAACUUUGUAAAUUUGCAUUAAGGUGAUUACACAGCUCCUUCAUUUUUAUUUAAACAGACUUCACAAGCAACCAUCUUUCAUUCUAUGGAUGUUUUUAUGACAUAUCAUUGGCUAGCAGCCGCUAUCAUUGGCUAGCAGUUGAAAAAUGAAAGCAUGACGAGCACGUGUAAGUGAAACCUUUCAAAUCCCUCAGUGUAAUGGCAGGUUUUCUUUGUAAUCCAGGCUGAGAUGACCUGACUUCAUGAGGGUUAAUUUUCAGACUUUUCCCAGACCAAAGAGACCAUAACACAACUGUCAAAUUUUUCUCUUUAACUGUAGAAUAUAGGUGGCUGGUCCCCUUUAGAUGAACCUUUGGGUGAACUGGCUAAUGAGUUAUCCUCAGAGCUUUUAAACUUCUUGUCCGAGCAGAAGGCUUGAUAAUCUUAUCUUUCGGUGGCUGUUGGCACCUCUGUUGGAUCUCAUUCUACACAACUGUUUAAGGGCUUUGAUGCUAUAGCUUUGCUACAUAAGAUCAGACAUCACGCGCUAAGAAUUGACAUUUUCCCCUUCAGUUACUGUUAUUAGUUUGAGAUUGGUUCAGAAGUACUGUGAACACAAUAAAAAACCAUUCACUUCAUAUGUAGACAUGCCAUGAUCUGUGGAGGAGUAUUUUUAGGUUUAUCCUCUUAAUAAAGCCAUUUCAUCAACUCAUUCACCAAGAGUGUUUACACAGCAUCGAUUGCACUUUAAGACAAAAAAACCCCCCCACAAAGCAAUCCAGCGUGACAGCAGUUGCUUAGAGCCUCUGUUGCCAACAGUGUGGCUCCCUCACCAAAGGAUUUUACCCCGGCGGUCUCCUGCUAAUCAUGAUCACUCUCAGCAAAGUCGCCUUUUUAUUUUAUUUUUCUGUUAGUUUGUCAAAAGCAGAAAGAUGUCACAAUGAAAGUGAAACAUUUUGAUCGAGAAAGGUUUCUCUUUGUGGAGCUGUGUGGUUUGUGCCUUGUUCCGAAGUUGCAUUUAAUAUGUCAAAGAUUUAAAGUUGACUAGUAAUAAUAUCUAUGGGACUGUCAUUAUGAUCACCUGCAGUUUCUUUUUCUUUGUUCAUCUUGGUCCUGUUGAUUUAAAGGGAGAAUUCAAUGACUUUGGUACUGUUUCCCACCAAGAAAACAUCUUUGCACCACAUUUUUUUAAAAAUAACUGAUUUAUUUCCAUGUUGCUUCUCUUACAGUUCAGAAGUACAAUCAAACUUUGAUACACAAGGCCUAUGAGGGUUCAAAGAUGAUCUUCAGUGUGUGAUUUUUGGGUUUUGUGGUUUGUUUUUUUUGUUUUUUGGUAAACCUAAAGCCCUGUUUGGAAGUCCAAAUGAGUCUGGCUGCAGUGUUCUGUGUUCCCUCAUGCCAUUUUAAAUGUCACAGAAACCUUGUGUUCAGCAGCUUAGCUUUCUUUACAUGCUUGGAAAUCUCUGAGGGGGGAAAAAAACAAACUGUUUUGGUCUCAGCUGUGAAGUCUGCUCAAUGAUGGAAACACUUUGUAAGCCCAGCUGAGGGAAUGAAAGUUGUGAAUUUGCAGAAAUAAUUGCAGAGAUGACUUUGGCUGAAGUAAGUUUCAUAGAGAGGUUUCCAGACUUAUUCUUUUAUCAUCUGAAUUGUACCAUACUGUUCUCAUGUUUAGUCUUUUCUUACAUGCUAACAUUGUUUUUGUUUGAGCAAAUGAAAUAAAAAUUGCAAUACAA